UCAAUUCUGCAAGUAGUUCUAAUUUACUAUCUCUGUUCUCUAGCUGGUCUAAAACCGCUUUUGACCUAAAGGGAUGCUUUUUGGAUGCCAUGGACUUUUCUCAGUUUCAAGGCAGAAAGAACAGUAAAAAUGCAGGCAGGGCACAGGACAAAGCACUAGGGACAAAAUGUAUGUGAAAUGCUUUGAUACAGUAAUGUUUUACUAUGUGAUUUUUUUUAAAAUUUUCAAAUCUCCCACCCGUUCCAUCCCCAUAUGUCCUGACGUCACAGGGAAUGGAACUCGGAAGACAGAUGCCGGUAUCGGCCGGAGGACAUUGCCGGGGAAACUGCAGGGGGAC